AUGACUUCUGGAUAUUUGAGCAGUCAUGAUUUAGGUUAUUUUUGGAUCGUUGCAUUGGUCAUUAUACGAGAAAGAAAAGCGGAAGUGGAAUGCGGUGAAGAUACGAUCGAAGUAGUGUUCUUGACAGAAAGCGUAUUCCAGGGUCGAAUUUAUGUGGUAGGACAUUCAAACGACGGGCGUUGCGUAUCACGCGAUACUGGACGUCGCACUACAUCGAUCACAGUGAGGAAAGAUCAGUGUGGUGUCGCUAUUACCAGAUCCGUUAGUUUAUUUCAUCACUGUUGA